GGUGAGUGAUGUCAUAGGAGGGCGACAAACAGUGUGAAAGUGACAGGUUGUGGCAGAGGGAAGGUCGUGGUCAGGUAUGGACAGAGCUGCCGGGGUCCGGAUCAGACAGCUGUGCUCCAGCCUCCGGCAGAUAUCAGGUGUAAAGCGACCAUGUUGUUUACCUGUGCAUAUGGUGCAAGCCAGACAGUGCAGCUCAAGAGGCUACACAGAUGAUGGAGAUAAAGCGUUGCUGGAUCGCGUGAUAAGAGUAGAUCACGCUGGGGAGUAUGGAGCGAAUCGCAUCUAUGCUGGGCAAAUGGCCGUAUUGGGCAGAUCAUCCGUAGGACCCAUCAUUCAGCAUAUGUGGAAUCAGGAGAAAGAUCAUUUUAAAAAGUUUGAUGAGCUAAUGGUUGCAAACAGGGUCCGGCCUACCAUACUGCUGCCAUUUUGGAAUGUGGCUGGAUUCGUACUAGGUGCUGGUACAGCUCUGCUGGGGAAGAGUGGUGCAAUGGCGUGUACAGUAGCUGUGGAAGAGUCUAUAUCAAACCACUAUAACAGUCAAAUCAGGACUCUCAUGGAAAGAGAUCCUGAAAAGCACAGGGAAUUACUGCAGACAUUAAAGAGGUUUCGGGAUGAUGAAAUGGAGCAUCAUGAUACCGGGCUGGAACAUGACGCAGAACUGGCUCCAGCUUAUUCGCUGCUGAAGACUGUUAUACAAGCCGGAUGCCGAGCAGCUGUGUUUUUAUCUGAACGUGUCUAAGAAAAGGAGUUUGUUUUUCCGAGAGAAUUUAUUGGAGCGUAUCCGUUUCUUUUACAAUGAAGCAGUUUUGACACAAUGUGUUAAAGUGAGC